AUGUCAUUCUCACUUCCAACAGAAAAACCAAUCGUUCUCUCCUACUUUCAAAAAUACGACAAUAACAACUCUUCAUCUAUCGGAUUAAAAGAACUAACUCAACUCUUAUCCGAUUUGGGUUUUAAAAUUGAACAAAAAAAUAGUGAAAACAAUGAACGUUCUUGGCGGGAAUUGAAAAAGAAGGAAGUUAAGGCAAUCGCAACCUUGAUCGAUAGAGAUUGCUCCAAGUCGAUUUGUUUUGAAGAGUUUUAUAUUUGGUGGAUUAAAUUGAGUGGAUCGGGAUUUUCUACAUUGACUAAGAAGGUUAAAAUGUUGACUGCUGCUUAUGAUAGUUUUGUUAAUUUCGAUAAAGAUAAAAGUGGAUUUUUGGAUUUCCCUGAAGAAUUUGAUCAAUUCUAUCAAGCCUAUUUCCAAGAUGCUGGUGAUGCUACUCAUUCUAAAGAACAAGUUGCUAAAGAACUUGACAAGGAUGGAGAUGGAAAAGUUUCAUUCCAAGAAUUGGUUCAAAUUUUAGGAAUUUUAAACUAA